UUGUUACGACAGAAGGAAGAAGCAGCGAGGUUGCAGCGAGAAGAAACCCUAAGACAGCAAGAGGAGAAUCAACGACGACUGGCAGCACAAAAAGAACAACGCGAAUUACAAGGGCGCUUGUUGAUGGAACAGCAAAGAAUAAGAGAGGAACAAAAAAAGAGGGAGCAGGCAUUACUUCUUGCCGAAGAAGCGCGGAAAAGGGAGGAGGAGCGAAAGAAAGAAAUGGAAAAAGUUAUUGCUAUUAAAGAAGAGCAGAAACGUAAACAAAAGGAAGCAGAGGAAGCACAGCUUGCGGUUUCAGAAAAAGCUAGAAGUUUCCCAGCUUCGGUUCACUUGGCUGGAUGUCAUCAGUUAACGAAACUUAUUAGUCAUCUACCAUUUCCUGGACCAUUUCUGCCCUACUCGAGUAUUUUGAAAGUGUAUGGUGACCCUAAUAAAGAUGUUCUUCUGGCUCAAACUGAUUCAUAUGCAGUCAAUGAGUUAACAAAUGCUUUAGCGAGCGUGAAUGCAUUUGACAUCAAAACUAAACACGAAGAUAAUGAAGAUAAUGUCACGGAUUUUGCAUGCUUGCCGAAUUUACUGAAGAGUAUUUAUCAGACAGAUGCAUCUGUACGUUUAGUGUUCUCGACGACUCCAGAGGUAGAUAUGGCAAACUGCAAUGCUUCUACAAUAGAAGUGCAACCUGAGAAUCAAUUGCAAGUUCCUAGUGAUAAAUGUGAAACUCUUUAUGCCGUGGAUGAAAGAGGAGUGGUUGCUUCAACGAGUGCGAAAGCAGAUAUGGACGAGUUCGUUCAGUCUAGCAAUGCUCUUAACAAUAACGAAACAACUGUAGAUACUGAAAUCCCCCGUUUAACUGCAGAAGAAGUGGAAGAACAGACUCAAUUGAGAAAGCAAAUAGUCUCCCUUGGAAAGCAACCGAAAGCUCAACAAGGACGUAAAAAGAAAGAUAUGGUUGAGUCUUUGUAUGACUCUCUUACUGGCUAUUUUGACCCAAGCGAAGGCAGACGUCGCAGACAGAAGACGAAAACUUUUGAAGAAGAACAACAUGAAAGGUUACAAAUUUCAAAUUUUGAAUGCUUUUCUUUUGGAAAUGGAUUCAAAAUAAGGCUACCUGCUGUCACAAGCUUCUUUAAUAAAGAUUAUGCUUGUUCUUUAGCAACACCGCUUGCAUUCCACUUUUGUAAAAACGUGCAGAUGCAAUUAGAAAUGAUUGCUCAAAUGGAGUUGGCUGAAGCGCAAGAAAAAGAAAGGGUAGCAAAAGUUGAUGUUGAGAACACCGAACAUCGGCCAGAUCACGCUGGUACUUCGCAUGAAACCAAUGAGGCAUUGGAGGAAAGGCCUAAAUUUUUUGUGGAGGGGAAGAAGAAUCGCAAACGCCAGCAAGAGGAAUUGUCCGACCAGCUGGAUCGCCCGCCAACCCCUACCGAAGGCAGAUUAAUUAGAUUCUUGUCUGUUAUCCAACAGCGUGAAAUAGAAUGGCGCGAGAGGCAAAGAAAACGGAAAGAGAAGCAUAAACGGCGGAAAAAUAAUUCUGAAUCUGAAUAUUGGAAUAACGAAGUUAUGGCAGAAAAAGAGUCUUAUGUUCGGCUUACGAGCAUCAUUGAUCAGAUAUUUGAUAAUGUGGAAAAUUUAGACAUUGUUAAAGGAGCUGACGAAGAUGAUGAUGAAAUCCCCCAAGAAUUAUUAAUCGAAAAACACCAAGUGGAAGAGCUGCUUGGAGAAGUUCAGAAAUUAAAGUCUUGGAAUAAGAUCAAUAAAUUGUGGGAUUUGCGUGAAUUUAAGAUGGUUUACUUUCAAACAACUGUAUGUAGCUGUGUAACUCCAGUUUUGAAAUCUAGAGUAGAGGACAAGGUCAAUUCAGAUAGAUUAGUAAAGCUGUUGACAAUUCUUGAAAAGAACAUUCGUGAUGUUAUUACUGUCGAUGGAGCUCAACCAUUGGUACCUUUUUUUGACGAGGGAGAUGAAGAUGAGUCAGAUGUGACAUACCGUGAGCUGGUUGAUGACAGAAUACUGAGGGCUUUGGAUGCGUCUUGUACAGCGAUGGUUAUUAUGACUUCACCGAAAAUGCCAAAACAAGUAUUGAUUGAAGAUACGAUUGAGCGAUCCAUACAACUCUGCAAACAAUUUCUUAUCAGUAUUAUAUACUCAGCCUCCGAUGCAGUUAGCAAGUCUCCAACAAAGUCGAAAAAAUUUGAAGACAAGAAAAGGAAAAAGUUGUGGAACUUUGCCCGGUCACAUACAGUUGAGAGAGUGUACGCGAGGGUAACUGAGCUUGUUGGGCUUUUCGGUGAAUUGGUUCGGUCUGAGUCGCUUACUGACACUGCUCUCCUUCAGCUUUGCAGCAUUGCUACAGGUCCUUUUUUUGUGGAUAACGUUAGUGAGCUUCAGACACAGGCUAUCACGCUGUUAUCUGCGAUUUUCUCUCGCUAUACCGAGUUCAGGAAGGGAAUUUUACAAGAUCUACUGAACUCUUUACAUCGACUUCCACCUGUGAGGAAUAACAGGAACAGUUACCGAUUAUCAGCUACAGAUUUUAUCAGUAAUUUCACCGUUUUAAUGAUGCAGUUAGUUCAAUGCACUGUAAAGAUUCCAAAACGUCGACGCAGCGAGGAAACACAAACAGGUUCUGUCGACGAAACUGAAGGUAACCCCGAUACAGUAGUGAAGAAUUCGUUCAAUGAGUCUCAGAAAGUGGCUACUAUGUUUCUGAAUGGCUUUCUUCAAAAGUGUACUGCUAAAGCUGAGGAAGACUAUAGGCGCCUUUUCGACCAAUUCUUACACGACUUGUUAUCUGCUCUAUAUACACCUGAGUGGCCAGCCGCUGAGAUGAUGCUUUGUAUACUCGGAAAUCUUCUCGUUACUUUUUAUCGUUCAAAAACUAUGGAUAUGUCUCUAAGAAUAGCUAGCCUGGACUACCUCGGGACGAUAACAGCGCGUUUAAGGAGAGAUGUUAGACAGGCAUGUUCAGAUGAAGUAAGACUGGAUAUGGUUGUCAAAACUAUACUUUUUGAUGAACUAGAUGAAGCGGACCAAAACCGCGAUGUCAAUGAUAUUGACACUAGUGAGCUAAGUACAACCGACAAAAUGCUAAAGGUGCAACGGGCAUUAAUUGAUUAUCUUGUGGAGAAAAAAGGAGAUUCAGACGUUUCUGUUGAAUAUGCGGUGAUGUUUUACGUUGGUGUUUGGUACCGUGAUUGCUGUUUGGAGGCGGAGUCUGCUAAGCAAAAAUUAAAGCAAGCCUUGACUAGUUCAGAGCUAAACGAUAAGGAAAAAAGGAAGUGGGAGAAGAAAACAGAAAAGUUGUUGGAACGAUGUCAGCUUAUGAAAGAUUAUAAUCUGAAAACAGCUGAUAAAAAGCAGAUUAGAAAACGUGCUGAACAGAUCGCAAGAACAGGUAACAUACUCAUUAAUAGUGACGCACUUUGGCUUGUCAAGUUCUUAGCUUCAGGAAGGGAAUUGAGUCAGUCUUUCCACGCUUAUCUGAAGCAGAUACUUUACGGUAUUCACGUAGAACAGGCGGUAGGGUUGCGAACUAAGGCUAUGAGGUGUUUGACGCAGAUCAUAGAAGCUGAUCAUGAGGUUCUUGGAAUGCCUGAAGUGCAAAGUGCAGUCCAGGCGCGAAUGAGAGAUGCAAAUGCGGCUGUACGUGAAGCAACAAUUGAGUUAGUUGGGAAAUAUGUUAUUUUGAACCCGGAAUUCAUACCUCAGUACUACCCGAUUUUGAUUGAACGAAUCAAAGAUUUGGGAGUGGCAGUUCGUAAACGCGUUAUUCGGAUAAUGAGAGACCUUUACGAAAAGCAACCUGAAUUUGAAAAAAUUCCUGAAAUGCUUUCAGCGGUUGUUCGCCGUAUUUCCGACGAAGAAAGCGUUAAAAAACUUGCUAUCGAAACGUUUCAGACUAUGUGGUUCCAGCCUGUUCGUGAGCGAGAUGACGUUUCUAUUGUUAAGAAGGUCAUGAUUAUCACUGACAUGGUUCAGAAAUGUAUGAAAGAUAAUACAGUCGAGUUUUUUGAGCAGUUGCUCAGUUCGUUGCUAAAGGGUGGAGACCGGUCGAUUCUUUAUGCAUCAAAGCAAAUAGUGGACACCUUGGUUGAUAGCACGGGAAAGGCUAAUGACGAAAGUCGGGCAGGUAAUGUAGAAAGCGAAAGUUCAAAUUUAAGUGCUGCAGCGAGCCAUAAGGAGCACCAAGAAAGACUGCUUGCUUGUCUCACUACGCUUUCCGCAUUCAGCAAAGUGCGGCCAGAGUUGCUAGUGAAUCACGCAGAAACUUUACAGCCUUAUCUGUCAAUGAAUGUUUCUGGUACUGCAGAACAACAAGUAUUAUAUCAGGUCAUUAAUAUGCUGGAAAGAGUUGUGCCCUUGUUUGACCAUCCUCCUGAUUCUUUCCUAACCUCAUUGGAUCUUAGCCUGACGAGUUUGGUGAAAGACAGUGGUAUGAGAAUUAUUGCUUCUGCACUGUCAUGUAUAGCUGCUAUUCAUAACAAGUGGAAGAAAAGGCGGCCGGCUGCUAUUGAUUGUUUUUUAAGCUAUUUAACUAUUAUAAUCUCGUUUAUAUCGUGUUGGGAAGAACGUUAUUACCAAAUUGUUGAGCGCGAGCUUUCACGCUUUUUUUUAGGAUUUUUAAAUCAAGUUAAGGAUGAUAUAGAACAUAAGUCCGGUUAUCAGGUUCCUCAGGCGAAAUGGCCGUUUGUGCAAAGGACUUUAUACACGAUUGGACUUAUGUCUCGUUAUUUUAACCUCGAUGAAAUCUUGGAAAAUGAUGAGGAAGCGCGGAAGAAUCUUAGUCGGUUUGCUCGAAAAGAAAACGAAAAAAGUGGUUCAGAAAGUAACCUUUCCACGGUGGAAGAGGGAAAAAAAGCUUCCCCUUUUACUGAUGAUGUUUUUCGAGUCCUUUCUUUAUUUUGUCGGAACAGAGAUGGAGCAAUUCGAAUGAAAGCUUUGACUGCUCUUGGCAAUUUUGCUGCCGCACAUCCGGAUUGCUUACUGAAAACUGAAACAAGAAAUAUGUAUAUGACAUUGCUAAGCGUGGACGAUAAAGAAUAUCUGGCUCUGAAGAUUCAGACGUUAAAAAAUCUGGAACUGUUUUUGACUUCAGAAGAAACGAAGCUUUCAAAAAGCAACGAAGAAUGGCAGAAAGCCAAAGAAGCUCAUGAUUUGAAAGAAAUGGAACUGGCUCAUUCGGGUCUUGCGUCAACAAUUAUUCAAGUAUAUUGGAAUGCUGUUCUAACAUCUUAUUACAGCCCUUACGACACCGUUCGUACUGCAGCUGUCCAGGUGACAAUGCUGACUCUGAAUCAAGGACUUGUCACUCCUGGAUCGUCAAUCCCAACUUUGAUAGCUAUGACCACUGAUUCCAUUCCUGCACUGCGCAACAAAGUCGAUAAUGUUUUAAGGAACAUUGAUGCAAAAUAUUCAGGCAUGGUUCCGAGCAAAGCGAUCCCUGGCAUCAGAUGCUCAUUUCGUUUACAGAAACUGCUAAAAAAAGAACCUAGCAUGUCAUUGCGCGGGAUCAGGGCUGUUGAACAGCCUCCUGGAGCUGGCAAGAUUAAACUGCAAGAUGGAUUACCAAAGAUGACGAACGAUGGUCAGGCGAUACUUAGCGGUCUUUAUCAGGGGUUACGAAGUAACAGGCAACAGAGAAGAAGCUUUCUUUCAUCUGUUUUGAGACUGUUUUCUGAAGAUUGUAGGGAGAAGCUGAGUUUGGAGGAAUGGAUUUUCCUAGCUGAUAAUAUUGCAAUGUUUCCAUAUCAAGUCAUGGACGAACCAUUGUAUGUUAUAAGGCAGAUUGAGUCAAUUGUCUCCAUCAGUGGCCAGAAUAUCAUAAACAGUUUCAAGUCUCAAUUGCUGCCCCUUCCAACUGGUGUGGGGCAGGAUGACGAUGCGAUAUUCAAUCCUGAAUUAAUAUACAGACGGUUUCCUGAAGACAAAACACUUCUGUACGAGUGCAUGAAGAACAGCCAAGCUUGCUUUCUUCUUCUUUAUCUCAAAAACUUUCUUAUGAAGAAAGUUCAAGAGUACAGUCCAUCAGAAGCAGCAAAAGUGUACGAAAAAGCACUCAGCAGCCGCAAAAACAUCACCAUUUUCUACCCACAAACUGCCCUAGAGGAGUUGAAGCCAGAGAGUGCAACGGAGCGGGAGACUGUGAAAGGGCAAAUUAAUAUGGCCAACCAAAUAGUUAUAUUUCGGAAUAUGCUUCUCUCUUUGGAUUCUGUGGACGAUGACGAGGAAACGGCGGAAGAACCUGUUCUGCAAACAACGAAAGAGUCGUCGGAGGGCGAGGACACAGAUGUCCCAGCCGAACCCUUACCUGAGACUCUUUUAAACGAGGAUGCAGCUACGUUAGCAAAUGAGUCGUAA